GAAAGAGAAGAAAGAAUUGACUACUGUAUUCACACUAACUACAAAGGAAGACUAUAGGGGGUAUAUAUAUAGGAGGAAGAGACAAACUACUCAUAAGGCUAAACAGAAAUCACAUACAGUAUGUGAAUACAGAUAAGUUAGCGUAUGGUUUUGGAUGGUUCAGUUCAAUUGUGGUUCUCACCAAAUCUUGUGGGAAAUAAAUAUCAAGUCUACUCUUUAUUCUUUGGCAAAGAAUUUCAAAACCAAGCACUAAUUAACCUGCACUAGAGGUAGGUGUAAUGGAAAACUACUCUCAUGAUUCCCAUUCUCAUUCUCUUCAUCACCUCCAUUUCCACAAAACAAGGUCAAUUCUCAACUUAGCUUAUUGCCUUGCCUAUAUUCUUGCCUUGAUAACCCUUUUCUACUACAGACUAUGCUUUUUCUUCUUUAAAACUGAAGACAAAGAGUACCACAACCUGCUUUUCAAACCCUGGAUUUUAAGCUUUGCCGUUGAGCUUCUUUACUCAUUCAUAUGGUCCAUCAAGCAACCUAUGAAUUUGUGGCCAGUUACUCGUACAGUCUUCCCUGAAAAUCUACCAAAUGACGAUAAAUUACCUGGAAUUGACGUCUUUAUAUGCACUGUAGAUCCUGAUAGAGAGCCUACAUUUGAAGUUAUGAACACUGUUAUUUCUGCCAUGUCCUUGGAUUACCCGCCUAAAAAGCUUAGUGUUUAUUUAUCAGAUGAUGGAGGAGCUUAUGUUACUCUUUAUGGUAUCAAACAAGCUUGGGCUUUUGCUACUUGGUGGUUGCCCUUUUCUAAGAGGUUUAAUCUUAAGACUAUUUGUCCUCGGGCUUUUUUUCAGAACCCUGAUAUGGUGGAUUCUCAAAUUCAGACGCAAGAAUUUUUUUAUCACAGAAAAAUUGUUCAGGAAAAAUUUGAGGCUUUCAACCAACGAAUUCGAAGCAUGGAACAGAUAUUAGAUGAAAAUAGUAAGACGACUUCUCGUGACCAUCCACCCCUUGUUCAGGUGAUAGAUGAAAAAUCUAUAGAAGAAGAUGAUGCAAUCUUAAAUUUAGAAGCAAUAGAUAUGAUGCCGCGUCUUGUAUAUGUUGCUCGUGAGAAAAGAGCAUCUCAUCUACAUAAUUUCAAGGCUGGAGCUCUUAAUACUCUGCUAAGGGUUUCUAGCAUAAUAAGCAAUUUCGCUUACAUACUAGUGCUAGACUGCGACAUGUAUUGCAAUGACUCAAGUUCAGCGCGGCAAGCAGUGUGUUUUUUCCUGGAUCCUAAGAUAUCCCCAUCAUUGGGAUGGGUCCAAUUUCCCCAAAAGUUUCACAACAUCAGUCAGACUGACAUUUAUGACAGUCAGUAUCGUGUAACGUGGCCGGUAUAUUGGACAGGGAUAUCUGGACUUCAGGGCCCUACUAUUACUGGUACCAAUGUUUUCAUCAACAGGAAGGCUUUUUAUGGCCUUAAUAUUGAUGAUGGUCUGGAUCUGAAGGAAGCCAGAAACUCUUUAGGCUCUUCCAGUGAAUUUAUCAAGUCUCUAAGGCAAAUUGAGAAGCCUAAUAGUGCAAUAGACAGAGAGAUAUCCUCUGUUUUGUUGAAAGAAGCACAUUACUUAGCCAGUUGCACCUACGAAAAGGGCACAAAAUGGGGUCAAAAGGUUGGAUUUUGGUACAAUACUAUUGUUGAAGACGUAUUCACAAGUCAUAUUUUGCAAAGCAAAGGAUGGAGAUCAGUUUACUUGAAUCCAGAAAGGCCACAGUUCCUGGGCUCUGCAACUACUACUCUCGACCAAAUGUUGGUUCAAGGCAUCCGUUGGUAUGGUGGCUUCGCUGAUGUUGUCCUUUCCAAGUAUUUCCCCCUUUUCUACAGACCAUCAAAAAUGGGAAUUUUUCAGAAGAUGUAUUAUUGCUGGAUGUUCUGCAUGCCUAUUGAUUUUAUACUAGUUUUGUGGUUCGCCUUUGUUCCCCCGUUGUGUUUCCUCUAUGGUAUCCCAUUGUAUCCUAAGGUUUCUGAUCCCUUCUUUGCUGCAUUCGCUUUUGUAUAUGUAUCAUCCCAGUUGAAGCAUCUAUGCGACAUUGCUGUUUUAAGUGGUGGACCAAUAAAGGCAUGGCUGAACGAGCAAAGGAUAUGGAUAGUAAAGGGUCUAUCAUGCUAUCUUUAUGGAACCAUUGAAUGCAUUAUUACAAAAAUGGGGAUUCGUAAGCUAACAUUUAAUCCUACUAAUAAAGUCCAAGAUAAUGAUACAACCUAUUGGUACCAAAUGGAAAAAUAUGACUUUAGGACAUCAAACUUAUUUUUGAUUCCUAUUGUAACUGCGGUCACAUUAAACAUGGCUUGCUUGGUGGGAGGAGUGGCCAGAUUGAAUGUUGCAGGAAACUGGGAGGCAAUGUUUGCGCAAAUGAUCUUGUCCAUCUACGCGUUGGUUAUGAGUUUUCCAGUGAUUGAAGCCAUGUUUCUAAGGAAUGACGAUGCAUGUAUUCCGCUAACAACAACUAUGAUGUCUAUUAUGUUAACGUUGCUUCUUUUAAGCUUUGGAAAUUUCCUUGUCUUGGAUUAGAACCGACUAAGCUUUGAAUUCUUCUUUUUCGGUCGCACAUAAAAUCUUGUGAUGGAUAAUCAACCGAAAAUCACAAAACGACCUGUCAUGUACUCCACUGUGUUAUGGGGAUAUCAAGUUGCUUCAAUAAUUCAUAGC